UCUCCUGCAGUCUCUCUGAGGGUCAGUCCCAGCAGAUCUCAAUUCUUCAAGUUAGAGACUGUCUCCCUGAGCUGUGAGGAUCAGGGGAGCUCUGCUGGAGGGAGGGUGAGGAGGAACACCACAGCAGGAAGGUCUACAGAGUGUGGAGCACGCUGGGGGAAGCAAACAGGCUCCUCCUGCAUCAUCAUUGGUGUGAUCCCAUCAGACAGUGGAGUGUACUGGUGUGAGUCUGAAUCAGGAGAACACAGCCAUGCUGCCAACAUCACAGUACAUGAUGGAGCUGUGAUCCUGGAGAGUCCUGUCCUCCCUGUGAACCAGGGACAAGCUGUGACUCUACGCUGUAGAUACCAGACACCUCCCUCUGACCUCACAGCUGCCUUCUACAAGGAUGGAUCUCUGGUCAGGACUGAGGCUGCAGAAGAGAUGACCAUCCCUGCUGUGUCUACAUCUGAUGCAGGGUUGUACAGGUGCAGCAACUCUGAGCUGGGAGGAUCUCCAGAGAGCUGGCUGGCUGUGAGAGAGAAGCCCCUCCCCCCAGAGCCUGAUGUCAUCUACUCCUCAGUGAGACCAGGCUGA